CACCAUACGCGCAAACAUCAUGCUUCUCCCCCAAGCACGAUUCUCCGCCUUGCGCGCCCUGCGCGCCGCCCGCACCACCCCCUCCAUCACCGCCUCAACCUCCGCGCUCGCCCGCCUGCUCUCCACCCUCGCCGUCCUCGAACAGCGCGACGGCAAGCUCCAGUCCUCUUCUCUGUCCGCUAUCGCUGCAGCUCAGAAGCUCGGUGGGCCCGUGACGGCUUUUGUGGCGGGUGCUGGUGUCAAGGGGACUUCUGCUGCCGAGGCGGCGCAGAUUAAGGGCUUGGAGAAGGUGAUUGCGGUGGAGAAUGAGGCUUAUGAGAAGGGCCUCCCCGAGAACUACGCCCCUCUCCUCGUCGAAAACAUCCAGAAAGGCGAAUACACGCACAUCGUAGCCGGCCACUCGGCGUUCGGAAAGAGUCUGUUGCCUCGUGUCGCGGCAUUGUUGGAUGUUCAGCAGGUUUCGGAUAUCACGGGCAUUGAGAGCGAGGAUACCUUCGUCCGCCCCAUCUACGCCGGCAACGCCAUCCUAACCGUGCAAUCGACCGACGCCAUCAAAGUCCUCACCGUGCGGGGCACAUCCUUCCAAGGCGUCGAGACGACCGGCGGCAGCGCCUCCAUCGAAGAAGGCAGCGACCCCAACGCCCCCCUGCAAACCGAAUGGGUUUCGGAGGAACUAGCCAAAUCGGAGCGUCCGGAUCUGGGGACCGCGUCGCGGGUCGUGAGUGGUGGACGGGGUCUCAAGAACAAGGAGGAGUUCGAGCGUCUGAUUGUUCCGUUGGCGGAUACGUUGGGUGCGGCGGUGGGCGCGUCUCGCGCGGCCGUGGACUCCGGGUUCGUGGAUAACAGUCUGCAGGUCGGACAGACGGGCAAGAAUGUCGCACCGCAGUUGUAUCUCUGUGCGGGUAUCUCCGGCGCCAUUCAGCAUUUGGCUGGUAUGAAGGAUAGUAAGGUGAUUGCGGCGAUUAACAAGGAUCCUGAUGCGCCGAUCUUCCAGGUUGCGGAUGUGGGGUUGGUGGGGGAUUUGUUUGAGGCCGUGCCGGAGUUGACGGAGAAGUUGAAGCAGUAGAUGGGAUGUAUUAUCAUGUGAUUGUGUUUGGCUGGAUAGAUAAUGCCAUGUUUGUUCAGUACUCUUUGCUAACUGAUUCCGGAUAUCACUAACUUAUGUAUCUAUACAUUACCAUCAUACAAUCAUU